AUGGCCCAGAAAAGCCAAGUCGGUGGAAGUGAGAAAAAUGGGUCCUCCCUCCUGUACAGCAAGAGUGAUUUCAAGGAAGGAGCCCUGCAGUGGGUGACAGAGCCCCCCCAGGGCCGGGUGCUGCUGGUGCUCAGCAUGGACAAUACCUGCCCCACCUCCUCCUUCGACAUGGACCUAUGUGCUGACAAACUGCAGUCCCUCGGCAUCCAGGUGCCCAUGGAUCCCUGGAGGAGGCUGAUCCAGGAGGGUGUCCUGAGGCCCGAAGUCAGGCGCUACCUCUUCUACAGCUCCAGGGGUUUCCAGAUUGCCAUGGCCAUGGUAUUCUACAUCUCUCUUUGGACAAACCUUUACUCCACCCUCCAGCUGUGUUCCCUGGGCCAUUCCUGGGGGGCUGGCGUGCUGGUGACCCUGGUGGCCCUGGCUCUCACUGCCCUGGUGAUCCUGGUCAUUGAUGGGCACCAGAGGAAGCUAAACGUGAACACAGAUGUGAGGCUGGCAGCUGUCAAUGAAAUCUUCAUCAAACACAGCAUAAUCCUGGGGAUUACAGAUGUCCUGGAUGGGCCACACAACACCCUACAACUGUGGUUUGUGCACUUCAGCCCCGAGCCCUGCCUCCAGGCCCUGGCAGCCCACAUCACUCACCUGCAGGGGACACAGGCAGGCUUGAGGCAGAGGCUGAACAAGCUCUGGGUGGCCCUGGAUGUGGCAGUUCAGCCUGAGCUGAGGGUGGAGGAGGAGGCUCCAAGUGAAGAAUCCCCUCUUUUAUCCAGCAAGGUGACCCUGAAUAAAGAUCCUGUGAUCUGCAGUGAGCUCUUGCACCUCAUCCCCGAGGGCCCACCCCAGGCCAUGGCCCAGCAGCUCCUGGUGAUCUUCAGCGCCUGCUACGUCCGGCUGCUGGUCACGGGCCGGCUCCCUCGGGCCAGCCCAGGGGGACACCUGGGCCACAGCAGCGCUCCCUGUCCCUGCCAGUUCAUCCAGAGCACCGUGCUGCACCCCCAGCACUGCUGGGGCAGGGGCAGCUGAGCAGAGGGAGCUGAAAAC